UUCCUUUUCAAUAAUUUCUAAAAUAAACAACUUUCUACCGAUAUUUUGUGAGCCAUAUUUGGUGUUGGCGAGGAUGGGCGAGAAGAGCUUUCGCAAACUGGGCUUGGGCGUAAUCCUGACGGCCCUGGUCCUCUAUGCACUACUUUUUAUGGACACCCAGAUAUACGAGGCAGGCGGCAAGAUACAUAAUGCAUUCUUUGUGAACACGGACGGAUGUCGCAUUAUAGCCAUGGAUGUGAUGAAUCCAACUAUAGCCAAAUACACCGAUUGGGAGUGGGAGGACAAGAGAUUCUACCUGGAAUGCAACCAUCAGACUUGGUUUCGAACUGAAGUGGCCAACGGUAGGUGGUACCUGAAGUUGACCCGGGAUAUCGAUAAGAUUCUGGAGGAAAAUGAUCUCACACACGACUGGCAAAUUGAGUGCUUUUGGUUCCGGAUAAAAAUUAUCAAGCGAUGGCAUGCACAACUGAGCCAUCGCACCAGGUUCCAUUUGGAGUUUCCGUAUGCCCUCAAAGUUCCCGAAGGCUUGAGGGAAAUGCGAGUGCGGUGCAUUAAUACCUAUACAAAUAGAUCUUUGAACGAGGAUGCCUUUUUCUUCAUACAACCACCACCUGAGAAGUUGCUGAAGAAAGCUCCUCGCACUUUAAAAUACUGGAAUGAGGAAAAUAAUUCGAGUAAGGACUCGGCUCCACCCAUUUCGGUAAUGAUUUUGGGACUGGAUUCAGUUUCGCAUCUUAAUUUGCUACGCCAGAUGCCGAAAACUGUGCAGUAUAUGCGUAAUAAUAUGUCGCAAGUGGAGUUUUGGGGCUUCAACAAGAUCGGCCACAAUACCUAUCCAAAUUUAAUUGGUUUAUUGACUGGCCUCAGUGCCACCGAGUCCCAGAAAUAUUGGCUAAAACAGAAUUCUAUGGAUGGCUUGCCCUUGAUUUGGAAGGAGUUCAAGAAGGCAGGUUACAAUACCAGUUUUGCCGAGGACAUGGCCAUAUAUUCGAUGUUUUAUUAUGGCAAGCCGGGCUUCAAGCACCCAACUACAGAUCACAAUUUCCAGGACUUUAUGGUAUCGAUGUACAUUUUGAGACAGAGCAGUUCGGUGGCCGAUACCCAUUGCGUGGGUGAAAGGACCUUCAUCGAUGUCCUGCUGGAGAUGAACGAUAGAUUGCUGCCCCACAAACAGCGCUAUCCGUUCUUCUCGUUUUACUGGUGGGCCAAUGGAUUCCAUGAGUUCUUCAAUUCUCCACGACUUGCGGAUGGAAGAUUCGAGCGAUUGCUGAGGAGCCUCGAUGACGCGGGAAUCACCAAUAACACCAUCAUAUUGUUCAUGUCGGAUCAUGGUUUGAGAUGGGGUCGCUUUCGUAAGAGUUUUCAGGGCAUGAUAGAGGACAGUCAGCCCUUUUUGUCCAUAUUAUAUCCCGACUGGAUGAGGAAGAAGUACCCGCUUGCCAUGAGAAACCUGGCUGGCAAUGCCCACAGCUUGGUAACCACCUACGAUCUUCACGAGACUUUGAGACACAUUCUGGAUCUUAACUCCCUGAAGGAUGAGCCCAUCACCCAGAAGUCUGAGGAGUUGUGGAAACUCAUGGGUUUGGAAACCCCCAGAGCUGUCAGUCUUUUUCUACCCAUUCCGCCUUGGAGGAACUGCAAUUCCUCGCACAUACCCAGUGAAUUCUGUCUCUGCCACAAGCAAGUUUCCGUGCCCAUUAAUAGCCGAGUGGUCAAGAAAUCGGCCAGCAUUAUCAUUGAAUAUGUCAACAAGUUGCUGGAGGAGUACGCCGUUUGCAUUCCCCUGGAAUUGGAUUCGAUAGUGAGUGCCUACUUUGCUGCUCCCCAAAGGGAUAACGACUUCUACAUCGAGAAGGGCCACAAGAAUUCGUAUCCUGAGCAGGGACCCUAUUUCGACAAGCAGAGGUACGACGACAAGGACAUCGUGGUGCGACUGAAGACCAAGCUGGGAAAUGCCUAUUUCGAGGGAAUGACCCGCAGACAGGGCAGCAAACUCUCACUCAUCGGAGAAGUCGUUCGAGUGGGGAACGAUGGCAGCAAGGACAACGACUGCAUCGAAAAUCCUUUGCUAGAGCCAUACUGUUACUGUGCUCUGUGAACUUUACACCUUACACUUUGCACUAAACACUAAGAAACAUUAAUAAAUUCGUA